AAUAUCAGCGGUACACCAUUUUCCCUUUGGCCCAGGUGAGCUACACUGGUGAAUGUUUCACCUGGAAACGAUGACGUCACAACGCGUUCAGGAAAGAGACGCUGUACGUCCAAGAUCACCGCUGAGGAGUCGCCUUGGUGCGGAUUAGUUUUAUAUUUGAAAACAUUUAAUAACUUGUGGACACGAGUUGAAUAUUUCGACCCAACUUAUAAACGCGAGAUGUCUCUCUCCGCUGUGUUUGUGUUGGACUUGAAGGGCAAGGUGCUGAUAUGUCGGAACUACAAAGGUGACGUGGACAUGGCGGAAAUUGACCACUUCAUGCCUUUGCUAAUGCAACAUGAAGAGGAAGGGCUGUUGUGCCCUGUGAUGUCACACGGCAAUGUUCACUUCAUGUGGAUCAAACACAGCAACCUGUACUUGGUGGCCACCACUAACAAGAACUGCAAUGCCUCCCUUGUCUACUCGUUCCUCUACAAACUUGUUGAAGUGUUCUCAGAGUAUUUCAAAGAGCUGGAGGAGGAGAGCAUUCAGGACAACUUUGUGGUCGUCUAUGAGCUGCUAGACGAGCUGAUGGACUUUGGAUUUCCUCAGACGACUGACAGCAAGAUCCUGCAGGAGUACAUCACUCAGGAGGGUGCCAAGCUUGAGGUGGCCAAGACAAAAGUGCCCACCACUGUGACUAACGCUGUGUCCUGGAGGUCUGAGGGCAUUAAAUACAAAAAGAAUGAGGUGUUUAUUGACGUCAUUGAGUCCAUCAACGUACUGGUGAACGCAAACGGCAGUGUGAUGAGCAGCGACAUUGUGGGCAGCAUCAAACUAAAAACCAUGCUAUCAGGGAUGCCUGAACUGCGACUCGGCCUCAAUGAUAGAGUGCUUUUCGCUCUUACCGGACGUGACAAGGGUAAGACAGUGGUGAUGGAAGAUGUGAAGUUUCACCAGUGUGUGCGUCUGUCACGCUUUGAGAACGACCGCACCAUCUCCUUCAUUCCUCCAGAUGGGGAGUCAGAGCUCAUGUCAUACCGCAUCAAUACUCAUGUGAAACCACUGAUAUGGAUUGAAUCAAUCAUAGAGAAGUUCUCUCACAGCAGAGUUGAAAUCAUGGUGAAGGCCAAGGGACAAUUUAAAAAACAAUCUGUUGCAAACAAUGUAGAGGUGAGUGUUCCUGUCCCCAGUGAUGCUGACUCACCUAAGUUCAAAACCAGCACAGGCCAUGCCAAAUAUGUACCUGAGAAGAACUUGGUGGUGUGGACCAUUAAGUCUUUUCCGGGAGGUAAAGAGUUUCUAAUGAGGGCUCACUUUGGUCUGCCCAGCGUGGAGAAUGAUGAACUUGAGGGGAAGCCUCCCAUUACUGUCAAGUUUGAAAUCCCAUACUUCACCGUCUCAGGAAUCCAGGUGCGAUAUAUGAAGAUCAUUGAAAAAAGUGGUUACCAAGCGUUACCAUGGGUGCGCUACAUUACCCAAAGCGGAGAUUACCAGUUGCGGACCAAUAUGUAAUGCUUGAAGAGCGGCUUUGUAUUCCUUUCUUCCAGAACUUCCAGAAGACAAUUAAAUACUCUAUUGAACCAGCAGACUGAGAAAAUGUCUUUAAAUUUCACCUAAACUAUUUAAUGCCGCUGAUGUUUAUUCUUGUGGUUGUUAAGUUUGUUUUUAUUAUUGUAAUAAAUAGGCAUCUGAAAAUAAAGCCCAGGAUUAUUCCAUUUGUCAU